CAGUGGUUAGCACGGCGACGGGAUCCGACUAAACAUCUUGUGGAAGUAUGGAAUGGAAAUAAUCGAAGAUAAGUGACCUGACAGCUUUUCUAAUCAGUGAAGCAAGAUGUCCAACAGAAGUCAGCACUAUGGGUUCCAGUCAGCCACCAUGGUGCAGCCGGCUUAUGGCGGUCAUGCCUACCUGUUUGGAAACAAUGGCUCAGAGAACGACCUAUCAGAGGAGGACGGAGAAAGCUUCGAGCUACGGUCACGUGGAAGAGAGAGGCUACGAAGAAGUACCUCCAAAGAGAAACUGGAUGAUAUAAUCUACCUUACUCGUGAUAUCCAGGAAGGGGACACCCUGAACAGCAUUGCUCUGCAGUACCAUUGCUCAGUGGCUGACAUUAAGCGGGCAAACAACCUUUUGACAGAACAGGAUUUCUUUGCUCUGCGUUCGAUUAAGAUUCCUGUGAGGCGCUUCAGUGUCCUCACAGAGACCCAUAAUGCCGGCCCUUUCAAAGCUGCCUCCCCCACAGCUGCCAGACGUGUGCCCCAGAUCUCCCCCGUUAUGUCCCUCCCCUCCGAGUCCUCCACGGACUCCUCUUCUUCCACAGACAGCGUGGAGGGAUUUCUCCAAGAGAAGGACAAGGACAUCGAGCAGCUGGUGAAGUCCACAGGACCUUCUCGGAGCAGCCUCAAUGAAGUGGUGUCCUCUCUGACACUGCAGCAGCAGCAGCCACUGCUGGGAGAAGUGGAGUACAAACCGAUACAGAGAAAGGACCCUUACUAUGGAGCAGACUGGGGUAUGAGAUGGUGGACGGCAGUGGCCAUCAUGCUGGUUGUGGGCAUCGUCACACCCGUUUUCUAUUUGCUGUACUAUGAGGUUCUUGUGAAGUCUGACGUCAGCCAUCAUGGUGCUCCCACACAUGCAGCUGAUAACAUGCAACAUGGACAGAUUGAAAGUAAAAAUAUGGAACGUUUUGUAGAAAACAACCCUUUAAAGUCUAGACUUGAACAGGUCGACAGAAAGCCGCAAAAUCCCAGUUUGGACGAAAAUGCACCGCUUAGGAAAACAUAGCAGGAAAUUUUUUUCCGUAUUUUUAUUAACUCAGAAAAAAAAACUCUUUAGAAGUUCCCUUUUUUAAGUAGUCACGAUAAUCCAAUGUAUUUUGUUUGUUGGGAGCAAUAAUUGAAGCAUUGAAAAGCUGCAUGAAAGUCUUGGGCCUAUUUUGUGAGUUUUCAAGUGCAGAAUUUUUAUUGGUCUAUUCAACACAAGAUGUUUUUGUGGUAUCCAAAAUUCUGCACUUUUACUCAAAUAUGUAGACGUUUUUUUAUCAUGUAGACAUUUUUUUAUCAUUAUUUCCUAAAGAUUACCAUGCAUUUGGUGGCUGUGGUUUAAGAAAAUUAAUUCAGUUGAUUUGCUUUAACUUUGGUUCAGAUGCAUUUUUGUUUUCCAUGCCAGUGUAGAAAAAUCAACAUUCCUUGUAAAAGUAUGGCUGCUACUUGAUUAGAAAUAAUUUAUUGAAAGACUUGAGCAUUAGUUACUCCUUAUACUAUCAGUAUUGUCCGGUAAAUUUUAAUGGCAUUAUCUUGAUUCUGUCUGUUGCUAGAAAGUUUUUUUUGUUUGUUUUUAAAACCUAGCAUGUUUAUAUGGGAAGUGCACAGUGUUCCCGUACUGCCUCAUAACUGUAAUGAUGUGAACUUUUAGACGUUGUUAUAUAGCCCUUUUAUUUGGUCACAGUGUUCACUUGAUAAUUUAUCACAAAGCAUCACAGAGAUAUUGACAGAAUGUGCCUUUUAACCUGUGGAAAUGUGCUGCAGGAUGAAAAAUAAAUUAAACUAUUUUCAAUA